AUGCCUUCACGGGACUCCCGUGUUACUUUCCAGGUGGCCGACGCCAGGCCCCAGUUCUCUAUCCCUGAACCUCACUACCAAUCAUAUAAACCCCACUCCAAACCGUCCAUCGAUGCUUAUUUCUACAAGUGGCCUCCGAUCAUUCGUGGUAAUGGCUACUCACUCGCCUCGCCUCCAACUCCGCCUCGAGGGCCAAUCCACAGAUCCAAGUCUAUUUCCUCCACUCUCAAUCGCGCAGCAGAGGGGAAAGAUGAAAGUAAGAGCAGUACAAGGAACCUCAAGGGGAAGUCACCUGCUACUGCAGUGCGAGGCAAGUGGUUUCUCGAGCCAACUUUCCGAUGGAUUAAGGGCGAGCUGAUUGGGAAAGGUAGCCACGGGAAAGUCUACCUCGCCUUCAACGCAACUUCCGGAGAGAUCAUGGCUGUCAAGCAGGUCGAACGCCCGCUCACGAAGAGCGAUCGUAUGAAGAGCGACCUAAUCAAGAUUGUGGACACUCUGAGAGAGGAGCGUGAACACAUGAAGAACCUGGAGCACCCUAAUAUCGUUCAGUAUCUUGGGUUUGAGGAGAACGAGGCGACCGUUAAUAUAUUCCUGGAAUACGUUUCCGGAGGGAGUAUUGGCGGCUGUCUCAAGACUCACGGACCAUUCAAGGAUGAUGUUACCCGAUACUUCACUGCUCAAAUAUUGGAGGGACUUUCGUACCUACAUGCUAACGGAAUCGUCCAUAGGGACCUCAAGGGCGAUAACAUCCUUGUUGAGGAUUCAGGUGUAUGCAAAAUUUCAGAUUUUGGAAUCUCCAAGAAACUCGCGGAGAGUGAUCGUGCAUUCUCCUUCAAAGGAACCUCCUAUUGGAUGGCGCCAGAAACCCUCCGAACUGGGGGAAGUGGCCAGGGAUAUGACAUGAAAGUCGACGUCUGGAGUGUAGGAUGCAUCGUGUUUGAGAUGUGGACCGCAAAGAGACCUUGGCUGGAUGAAAACAUUAUGUCGGUGUUAAUCAAGCUCAGUGAAGCGAAAGUCAUUCCUCCACUCCCAGAUGACUGCAAUCUGUCGCCAUUAGCACUCCAUUUCCGAAGCGAAUGCUUCAAGCUGAAUCCGGAAGAGCGCCCAUCCGCGACUCUGCUACUAGGGCAUCCAUAUCUUGACCUCCCGACUAAUUGGUCAUUUCCGGGCAUGUCUGACAUGGGCUACAAGUCUCUGCGCCCCCGUCCUCCACCCCGCAAACCUCGGGGCCGUAAUGAGAGCCCAGCAUCCGCCAACGGGACCGGCGCCUCAGACAUAGCAAAGAUGCACUCGACGAUCAUGGAUGUGAACGUCUCAGGCCCAGAUGAAACACCAGGUUCUCCGGCGCUGACGAUGAACAGUUCAAUUUCCAGGUCUGGGGUUCGACCGCUUCCUCCUACUCCCAUUCCGUCUAUUUGGAAACUUCCCAGGCCAUCAACACCACCAUUGGUGACAAUAACGCCCGUCGGCCCUCGAAAACCAAAGUCGCUCGGGCGUAGCAAUUCGGUUGCCGGAGGAAGGAGUUCUAACUCUUCCUUGCUGUCAGAAGCUGGCGACCCUCCAGUAAUUCGCCGAGCUGGGACUCAGUGCAAUCGGCAGCCGCGUUCACUCGUCCUGCACGGGUCGAAGCCAUUACUGGAUAUUUCACGCGAUUUCCAGAAGGCAGUAACUAUCUCUGAAGAUGGUAAACCGAGCCUAUUGCAACCAUAUACAUACAUUCCUCCUGCUCUUCCAGAGAAGACGCUAACGACCGCAUAUUCAACACAUCUUUCACCCCAAGUCAAAUUUAUUGAGCCUGUGGCGAGAUACCCAGUUGAACACCUCCAAUUGAAAAGCCACAGCUCAAUUCCCCAGACAUCCCUGCCUCCACAAAGGGACGCUCAUGCGCUCCCAUCAUUUGCUCGUCGCGAAUCCAUACCCUCGGGAAGCCCUAGUUCACGGGGACAGUCCACAUCGAUCUUUAGCGACAGUGACAGUGCAAGCGGAUCUAUCUGGCAAAAACCUCCGCCCGGCGUGCCCCAGCAUCGACAUCGUUCCAAGUUAUCGGGACAGGAGGAGACGAGCGACAUUCCCCCGUCUUCGGGCGAGGAAUACCAAUCGUCGAGCUCGAACCCACGCAGGGUGUCUGCCUUUGCGGGUCCAACGCGGCCAGGGGUUCGGGAAGUCUUCGAAAAUCUCCAGGAGUUCUUCCCAAAGCACAACCUCGACGAGCCCGUCAUGGAGAGUCCGAUCGAUGGGACGAAUAGGGUCCGAGCUAACCGGGUAACGAUGAGGAGUAUCAAAACCAUAGCAGAGGAACAGAUCAGUCGUGGUAGCGUAGACUCCCCUCAAUGUCGCCGACAAACGAGGUUGUGGGACAGUCGUCUGGAAGAAAUCAAAAUCCCGUAA